UGAUGUCUGCAAUGACUGAAGUUGUGUUAGAGGAUGUAGGAGAAAUGACUCACGACUGUGUUACACUUACAUACACACCCACAAGUGAAGUAGCAGAAACUCCUAUAGAGAAUGCAGAAUUGGAGUUGUUUGUUGAUGGUUCAGCUCAAGUUAUUGAUGGCCAUAAACGAGCAGGUUAUGCAGUAACUUCCAUCACUGAAGUGGUAGCUUCAGGUCGUCUUCCAGAUCAUUUUUCAGCUCAAGCUGCAGAACUAGUAGCCUUAACUAGAGCAUGCACGCUAGCUUCAGGGUCAGUUGCAAAUAUCUACACUGAUUCCAGGUAUGCUUUUGGAGUAGUUCAUGAUUUUGGUGUCAUUUGGCAAAGUAGACAGUUUCUAACUUCUGCUGGAUCCCCUAUUAAGCAUGCUGGAUUAGUAAAAGAUCUAAUGUUUGCUAUGAAACUUCCAAAGAAAUUAGCUGUGAUCAAAGUGAAAGCACAUCUCACUACUAACACAAUGGAAGCUAAAGGUAAUGCUCUUGCUGAUGUAGCUGCUAAACAAGCUUGUUUCUAUGCAACUGUACAAGUGUGUUCAGGUAGUACAGCACAGAAGACCAUUCUGCCUCCUGAAACGAUAAUUGAUCUGUACAAAGACGUCCCUCUAUAUGAAGCAUGGACAUGGUUGGACAAAGGAGCCACAGUGGAUUCAUCUGGCUGCUGGACCAAAGGGGGAAAGUAUGUCGCUCCCGAAUCACUGCUGCCAUAUUUGGCACAACAAAUCCACAAUUUGGGUCACAGUGGUCCAGCGACGAUGAAUCACAGGUUUUUAAAUCAGUGGUGGAAUCCAAAAUUCAGAAUUGUAGCCAUCGAAACAGUCAAGAGAUGCGUUACAUGUCAGAAAAAUAAUGAUGUGCCAGCAGUAACUACAGCAGCAACACAUACUCCAGCUCCACCAGGACCAUUUCGUCACUUGCAAGUUGAUUACAUAUCGUUACCUCCUUGUAAAGGAAAAACUGACGUCUUGGUAGUAAUAGACAAGUUCUCAAGAUGGGUAGAAGCUUAUCCAACAGGACGUGCUACAGCUACACAUACUGCUAAAUGCCUUGUUACUGAUUUCAUUCCCAGAUGGGGAUUACCAGAUUACAUCGACUCAGAUCAAGGAACACACUUCACAGGACAGGUAGUCAGGGAAGUGUCUAAAAUCUUGAAGAUUAAGUGGAAUCUUCACUGUCCAUACAGACCACAAGCAUCAGGACAGGUUGAACGAGCAAACAGAACAAUCAAAACCAGGCUAAGCAAAAUGCAUCAGGAAGGAGUACCAUGGGUCGAAGCGCUGCCGGCGGUACUAUGUAGUAUGAGAGCAUCACCUAAUAGAUCAGUAGGACUGAGCCCUCAUGAGAUUAUUACUGGACGUCCAAUGCAAAUGCCAGGUGUGAUUGAUCUUAGAAAUGCUGAUGUACACUUUGCUUCAGAUGCCCUGAUUGCUUACUGUGAAAACCUCACGAAGGCAGUACAAAGUGCCAGAGAGAGAGUUGAGUCUUGUUGGCAGACUCCACCAGAAGGUGGACACACAAUCAUCCCAGGUCAGUGGGUCAUGAUAAAAUCAUUUAAGAACAAGCCAUUAGAGCCUAAGUGGCACGGACCACAUCAAGUGAUGUUAAUUACAGCAGCUGCAGUGUUGUGUCAGGGAAGGAAAACUUGGACUCACGUGUCACAUUGUAAAGUUGUUCCCCCACCUGCAGGGAUAGGAUAGGACACACGGACCAGUGAGGAGCCCAGGGAAGAACCGAAUGCAACAGGCAUCGGGGGCCAAACCCUGUGGUGAAGACUCCCUCAUAGGCCCUCCCCAUUCAUUAGUUCAUCCUCACCUCACUGUUCUUUAGGUGUCACGGGAAUUAAGAAACAGGGAAAGAAGGAACAACAAUAGCAGACACAGAUUGAACAGAGGAUACAACCCUACGGUUUAAAGUAUUUUACAACAGAUACUGCUUUGUCGUCUUUUGUUUUCUUUCUAACUAUGUGCAGAUACCACUUGAUGGCUGUCCCGAGACCCAACCACGCUGACCUCGUCACCUAAAAAGGAAGCCACAACUUCUGACAGACAACUAGACUCACUACCAAGCCAACUGUCAUAAAAAUACACAACGCAGAGUAUCAAAUACGAGAUCUUCAGGCAUCCAUCAACAUGAUCAAGAUUGUCGUACUUGUAAUCAUCAUGGACAUUGCACAAGCUGUAGACUCCAGAAACAACAUCUUCUUAGAAUUGAUGAGCAUGUCAAGAAACGCCUUGUUUGCUGGAAAACACGUUUGCAUGCCACACCCGCCUUCAGUAGGAGCAGGAAUCCCAUGGGUGGCACAUCCCAUCUCCCACUGUGACACAUGUACCUUAUUUGAAGUUCAUGCCAGUGGAAUAUACAACAAGAGUACAUGUCACAACAUCACAUUUCCUCCAGCUUCUCCAUGUUGCAUUCCUGGAUUAUCAUCUUGCAACCUAACUUCAGCUACUCCAAUCAUGACAGAUCUACUCUUGCCAAUGACUUUUCCUUGGUGCAUGGAAAAUUACGCUCCAGCCUCGACCCCACUGGGUGAAAUUCCCCGUGAACAUUGCAGCCUUGUGGUUGAAAUGAGAACCAAAUCUCAUGUGGACAUCACUCCAUCAGCAAGGGGAGAGGAAAAGGACUUAGAAGGGUGUCUUCAAAGGACAUCAUCUCUAAAAAAACUCUUGGCAAUAAAUCAGUGGUGUAUGAUUCCUCCACCAACUGGCAUUUUUUGGUUAUGUGGAACUUCUGUAUACAACAUCCUACCUAGCCAAUUCAGCGGCAGAUGCACCCUGGUAUAUGUUCUGCCGGCUAUCAGAGAAAAUACACACACCACUUCAAGAUCUCCCCAUCUACAUAAUUCAGCUCCUACAAGUAACAAAGAAGAUAACUGCAUUCCAGGACUCACUUGUGCACAAACAUGGUGGUCAAGAACCCUUGGAGCAUUAAUCCCAUCUUAUGGUGUCAUACAGGCCCUUGAUCAAGUCAGAAGCUUAUCAAAUUCAGUACAGAAACUGGCUAAUGAUACGGUUUUGGCCCUGGGUAAUAUCACAGACACUCUCGCUUCACACAAGAUAAUGAUCUUACAAAACAGAGUGGCUUUGGAUUACAUCCUUGCAUCGCAAGGGGGAGCCUGCACCAUUAUCGGCCCUGAAUGCUGCACUGGGUUAAUGGAUCCAACCAAGGACUUAAACAAAAUUCAACAGGACAUUCUUGAUCUUUCAACAAAAUUACACCAGAUGACUGAGGAUAAUUCUUCAUGGUUCGGAAACAUGUUAGGGAAACCCUGGCUGUGGAUCAAGGAAAUCGCAAUUCUGCUGUUGUUUUUCCUACUGGUGUACUAUCUAUGCAUCCACAGUAUCAAGUGUUUCAUUCAACAAAUAACCCACACCCAUCAAGAAGAAAUGGCCGCUCCAACCAGAAAAGACUAUUAUCCAUAAGAACUUCACAGACACUAGCUAGAUGUUUGUUUAUAUGUCAUCAUGGCAUUCAUCACUGCAAGCAACAACAGAACAAGUGCUAUGUGCCUGUAACGAUCACAAGUUACAAGAAUUAAAUGUCUAAAUUUGUAUUUGGUGAGAGUUAUUAGAACUCUCAAAGGGGGAACUGUAGGAUUACAAAUUUAUAAAAUGUUAAAUCUAGCUUCCAACGUAAUAGUAUAUAAACUGAACAAGUUAUGUACAUUGGGUUUUACAUUUUAAGGUAAAGUUGGUGACAUUCUAAGAAGAUCAAGUCUUGUACCCCAGGUGUCAGAGACAUUAACCUUUUGUCUUUAUGUACUUCCUGACCACUGGGUAGGGUCCCAAAGUCAAUGUGAAUGCUAAUCUCAAGGCCAGGCUAUGCCUUUUGUCUCUAUGGGAAUGUAAAGGUUUGGGGGAUACUGUCAGGCUGAUUAGAUUAGCACCUAUGCAUUUGAAAGCCACUGUUAUGCUGAUGAGAUCAGGGCUGGGGAACUUCCGUUACCAGGCUGACUCCUGUACUAGACUAUGCUUUGUUUAGAUUGUCUCCACCUCUUUGUAUCCCUCCCUCUUGUAAAGUAUAAACUCUUCCGAGCUAAGUUUUUCGGUCAGACUUGGAUGACUACAGCGACGCUCGGCGAGUUCUCAAUAAAGAGUAACUUCUGCUUGAAUGAUAUCCCAACGUCUCCUGGUCUCUGAAAAAGUUCCCAACAGAAC